GAUGCUUCAAAAAGUACCGACUUCAACCUCAACCCAUCAUCACCGUUCAAAAAGUCCUUCACGUUCAGAUCUAUCUUUAUCUUCCCCAAGCAAACAAAAGUCAUUAUGUCCCAAACAACAACCGUUCUAAUCUCAGGAGCCAACCGUGGUCUAGGACUAGGCCUCCUCAAACGAUUCCUUCUCCUCCCAAAUCACACCGUUAUCGCCGCAAACCGGGAUCCCGCAAAUCCAACCUCCCAAGCCCUCAACGACCUCCCGAAAGGAGAAGGAAGCCGCCUCAUCGUCGUCAAAGUCGACGCGACCUCCGAAACCGACGCGCUAUCAGCAGUCAAAGAACUGCAAGAAAAGCACGGCAUUAAGUCCUUGGAUAUUGUGAUUCCCAACGCAGCGAUCGUCAAUGGUUCGCCUACCGUCGCAGAGGUGGAUCUUGAAGGGCUGAAACAGCAUAUGACGACGAACGUGUAUGGGUUUCUGCUGCUUUUCCAGGCUACUAGGGAGUUGUUGAGGAAGUCUACGAAAGCGCCUAUGUUGGCUCCUAUCGGAUCCACCGCUGGGUUCCUGAACGAUCAACCGCCUAUUCCGAACAGCUAUUACGGUACUACUAAGGCUGCGCUGCAUUGGCUGGCUGUGCGCGCUGCUGCUGAAGAGCCCUGGUUGAACGUGUUUGUUUUGCUUCCGGGUUUGGUGGCGACGGAUAUGGGGACUGCUGCUGCGGAUAAGUUUGGGUUUCAUGAAAUUUUGGAGACGGUUGAUAGUAGCUGCGAUGGCAUGUUCAAGAUUAUCCAGGAGACUUCAAGGGAGAAGCACAGUGGGAAGUGUGUGCACUCGGAUGGAAGGAUCGGGACUUGGUGA